AUGAUCCCUAAGAAACUCCAUAGAGUCAUAAUUGCACUGAAUCGUGAGCUGGGCUUAACCUGGAAUGGUCGAUUGAAUGAAAAAAAUUGUACGGACUCUAUUUUUUCACAAUCCCCUGCUGUUGUCCCUAUUGUGAUUGAACUAAGUAAUGAAAACUCUAAUAACUGCAAUACUAGUGCUCAUGUGAUUGUAGACCCUGUUGUUACUCUUCUUGUUGAUCCUUGGAAAAACUUACUUGUUGGUUCGAAAAUGGCUUCGAAGGGGGCUGAGCUUGGAUUUAUUAAUCCUCUUGUUAAAGAUGGUAGGAAAGUAGCUCAACUCCAGCAGAAGGAGUUGGAUUCUAUGGCUGAUAAAUGGCAGGCUGCGAUAGUCAUGUAUGUGGUGGGUGAAUCCCCCACUAUUCCCUCUGUUAAGAGGUUUAUGGCUGCUGUGUGGAGCAAUGUGACACAACCACAUGUCUUCUACCAUGAUGAGGGGUACUUCAUCCUUAAGUUUGCUAAUGUAGAGGACAAGAACACUAUAGUUGUUGGUGGACCCUAUACCUUCUAUGGUAAACCUGUCAUUAUUAAGCCUUGGGUAGCAAAUUUCAAUUUCUAUGAAGAAGUUCUUAAGGUUAUUCCACUGUGGGUGAAAUUUCCUAACCUUCCUCUCAACUGUUGGGGUAGUGAUUCUCUCAGCAGGAUCAGCAGCUUGCUUGGAGUUUCUUUAUUUGCAGAUGGGUGCACAACAAGACAAGAAAGGGUUUCCUUUGCUAGGGUACUAAUUGAAAUGGAUGUCACUAAUCCAUUGCCUGAUCAUGUUUGGAUAGAGGAUACUACUGGGAAAGCUUUUAAGAAACCAGUGUUAUAUGAUUGGAAGCCACAAUUCUGUAAACCUUGCAAUAUAGUGGGUCAUGACUGUGAUAAAAUACAAAAGGCUAAACCUGUCAAACCAGCUGUGAAGAAAGUUUGGGUGCCAAAGCAGAUGCAACAGGCUGAACAACCACAGGUUGUUAGUACCAAUGCACAUACACCACCUCACACUCAAGUUGUUCCACAAGCUAGUGGAAAUGUUGACUGGAAGAUUGUAACCAGAAGGACCAAAGGGCCUUCUAGAAUGAGAAACAUGAGUCCUAGUAAUCCAUUCACAGCCCUUUCAAGUGAUUUGGGGUUAAAAGAAAUAACUGAUGGGGAUAUGACUGAAGUUGGAGAUGACCACACUGUUAUUCAAGCACCUAAUCAUGAAGAAGCCUUAAUUGAAACUAGAGUUAAAGAAACAAAGUUCAAGAAAAUUUCUAGUAAGUUUGGUAGAUACUGGAGCUGGGGAGAAAGCUAUAAAGACAACCCUAGGGGCAGGAUUUGGUUAGGUUGGCAACACCUUGAGGUGGAUUUGUCUAUCCUAACAUGCCAUGAGCAGUUUAUUCACUGUGUGGUUAGGGAUAGAUCUGGGUGUGUUUAUCUGUACUUCACUGCAGUGUAUGGACUGCAUACUAUUGAGGAUAGGAAACGUUUAUGGUCAGCUCUGUUACAGAUUCAAGCCAGUGUGGGGGCAUACCCAUGGAUCUUGUCAGGUGACUUUAACACCAUAUUGGCUGAUGGUGAUAGAAUAAAUGGAUGUCCUGUUACAGCUGCUGAAACUUGUGACUUUAACAAUUUUGCUGUUUCUGCUGGAUUGUGUGUUCUGCAGAGUGUUGGGGAUUAUUUUUCUUGGCAUAAAGGGGCUAGUGAGGGGAAAGUAGCAAGUAGAAUAGAUUGGUGCUUGGGUAAUCCUGCCUGGGCGAUGAAAUUCAGUGGGGUGCCUAUGCAGUAUUUAAACUUUUCUAUCUCUGAUCAUGUGCCUUUAAUGAUCUCUUGCUUACCUGAUGUUCCAGAAGGGGGUAAACCUUUUAGAUUCUUGAAUUUCCUUGCUCAUCAUACACAGUUUGCACCAUUGGUGAAAGCAGUUUGGGACUCUCCUGGUGCUGGUUCAUGUAUGUUCCAACUUUGGUGUAAACUGAAACAGGUGAAGUGUAAGUUGAAGAGUCUCCAUAGGGAGGAAUUUGUUGGUAUUGCUGAGAAGAUUGACAAAGCUAGAACCUUGUUGGCAUCUGUACAACAAGAUUUGGUUACUGCUCCUACCACUGAGUUGCACCUGCAAGAAAUUGAGUGUAUAGCUGACUUGAGGAAAUGGCUCAAAGUAGAUGAGAUUGCUCUAAGGCAAAAAUCUAGAAUUCAGUGGUUGCAGGUGGGGGACUCUAAUCACCACUAUUUCUUCUCCUCACUAAAAGAAAGAAAUAGAAUAAAUAGGAUUUCUAUCCUAUAUGAUGCUAAAGGCAACAAAUUAGUUUAUGAUGAGGCUAUUCAAAAGGAAGUUAUCUCUUUCUAUAAAGCUUUACUUGGCUCUUCUGCUCCUUCUCUCCCUUCUGUGCACUUGCCUACAUUGAGAAAAGGGCCAACACUUAGUGUUUCUGCUAAGAAGUGGCUGAUUAGACAGGUUACUAAUGAUGAAAUUGAUCUAGCCCUGAAAGCUAUUGGAGAUGAUAAAGCUCCUGGUCUGGAUGGUCUUAAUGCUGUUUUCUUUAAGAAGUCUUGGCAUAUAAUCAAGGAGGAUGUUUAUAGAGCAGUAAAGGAGUUGUUCUUGUCUAACACUAUGUUACCUCAGUUCAACACUACAUCCAUCACUCUUGUUCCCAAAGUUCUUAACCCUACUUUGGUUAAAUACUUUAGACCUAUUGCUUGCUGUAAUGUGGUCUAUAAAUUGGUUUCUAAAGUGUUAACCACUCGAAUGCAAACUGUGAUUAGUGAAGUUGUGAAUGAAGCUCAAUCAGGGUUUAUUCCUGGAAGACAGAUUGCAGAUAAUAUCUUGUUGGCUACUGAGCUGAUAAAAGGUUACAUUAGGUCUCAUGUCUCCCCCAGAUGCAUGCUGAAAGUUGAUUUAAAAAAAGCUUAUGAUUCUAUUGAGUGGCCCUUCUUGAAAGAUUUAAUGUUGGGGCUUGGCUUCCCUGAGUGUUUUGUUGGGUGGGUAAUGGCUUGCAUUACUACUGUUUCCUACAGUAUUCUGAUUAACGGCUCCCCUACUCUCCCCUUUAGAGCUAGGAAAGGUUUGAGACAAGGUGACCCAAUGUCACCUUUUCUGUUUGCUUUGGGAAUGGAGUAUCUUACCAGACACCUCCAGCACUUGCAAUCUCUCCCUGAUUUCAAUUUCCACCCAAGAUGUGAGAAGCUUGCUAUCACACAUCUGAUGUUUGCAGAUGACUUGCUAAUAUUUGCAAGAGCUGACCCCCAUUCUGUCUUGAUGUUGUUUGAUGCUUUUUCUAAGUUUUCUAAAGCUUCUGGUUUGGAAGCUAACUUGGACAAAAGUAAUAUUUAUAUAGGUGGGGUUAAUGCUUCAGAAAGGAGAGCAAUAGUUGACUUGGUUCAUAUCCCUGAAGGCCAGUUCCCUUUCAGAUACUUGGAUGUACCUCUGUCUAUAAAGAAGCUGGUCUAUAAUCAGUGCAGGCCUUUGAUUGAUAAAGUCAUUAGUAGGGACAAAACUUGGACAGCUAGGAAUCUUUCCUAUGCUGGUAGAUUGCAACUUGUUCAGUCUAUCUUGCUAAGUUUGCAGGCCUACUGGUGCCAAAUCUUCAUCCUUCCAAAGAAAGUAAUCAAGGAGAUCCAAAACUACUGCAGAAUCUUUCUUUGGACAGGUCAUACUGACCCAUCUAGGAAGUCAUUAGUUGUUUGGCAUAGGUUAUGUCUUCCUAGAAGUGCAGGUGGAUGGAACCUCAAAGAAAUGAGCUUGUGGAAUAAAGCUGUUGUCUCUAAGCUGUUAUGGGCUCUCACUCAUAAAAUGGACAAGCUGUGGUGUAGAUGGGUGCAUGCUUACUAUAUUAAAGGGAGAUUCUCACCUCUCACCAAUAUGUUGUUGCUGCUGGAGGGUGGGAUGCAGUUGCCAACAAAAGAUAGACUACUUCAGUGGAAAGUAGUGACUGAUGAUCUUUGCCCCUUAUGCUCAAAAUGUCCUGAAUCUGUUUCUCAUCUCUUUUUUCACUGUGAGUUUGCUGCUGGCAGGACUGGAGAUAGACAUAAGCUGCUGCUUAUGUACUUUGCUAAAUGUGUGUAUGGCAUAUGGAUACAGAGAAAUGAGAUGGUGUUUAAUCACAAAUGCAGAGAUCCUAAGGCUGUGCUUCAGGAUGUAAAAUUUCGUGUUGCUUUUGGUGGGAGAAAGAAGGGAAAGGUCCAUGGCUUGGGGAGUGGCUCUCCUUUGUAUUAUGCACCACCUUUGAGGGGUGGUGGUUCUUCUAGCUCAUACAUACCUUCCCUUUAUUCGCAAUUUCAACAACAAUUUACCCAAAAGACCCAAGAGUUGGAGGCAACACAAGCCCAGAUACUAAGGGAGAGAGAAGAAGAAAGACUGGAGCGACAAAGGGAGAAGGAAGAGCUACAAAGGGAGAAGGAAGAGCUACAAAGGGAGAGAGAUGCAGAGCGACUUGAGCACCAAAGGGAGAAACAAGAAAAAGAAGAAAAUGAUAGGGCCCAAGCAAAGGUGAUUGCGGAGUUGAAAGAGGCAAUGGAGAACUAUGGAAGGAUGUUCAAUCAGUGUAGUCAAUUUCAGUCUCAGGACCGUCGAGGUCCCCCCGGCGGAGGGGCAGGGCUAGGCACACCUACGGGCUAG